ACAAACUCCCUUGGCCACCUGCCCAUGGCGUUAUUGCGACACUCUGCAACCGAGGCGCCCGUCGGACGAUACGGAGCUCGCUGUCCCAACCAUUCUACCCGAGACCUUAGGUACAAGUGACACAUCUGAGAGAUUUUACGGAAAGAAACAAAAUGGCUGACAUUGAAGCUACGGAUGCCUUUUGCCACUCAUCGCAGAAGCCUGGCAUGUCCAGCACUGAAGUCCUCAGGUUCUACGACAACUGGGCAGAGAAGUACGACAAGGACCUGCUUGAUCUGAACUACAACGGUCCCCGCCAGUGUGCAGAGGCUCUAGCUGAGGUCCUGUCAGGGAACAAGGCUGCACGGAUCCUGGAUGUAGCCGCCGGAACCGGCCAGUGUGCGAUGGAGCUGAUAAAGCUGGGUUAUACCAACUUGGAUGCGAUUGACGGCAGCCAGGGUAUGUUAGACAUCGCCCAAUCCAGGAACCUGUACCACAGGUACAUCUGUGACUUCCUGGGACCACGGCGCCUCGACAUACAGGACGAUCACUACGACGCCAUCGCCUGCUGUGGUGCGUUCAGUCAAGGUCACAUGAAGGACGACUGCUUCCCGGAACUUAUCCGCAUCGUUAAACCAGGCGGGUUGAUCUGCAUCGCGAUGAGGGAGGAGUUUCUGCGCACUGUGGAGGCUUACAAGGACAAACUGGAGCCCGCCAUGACGACCUUGGAAGACAAAGGAUCCUGGGAACAAGUGGCACGUGACAUCGUUCCCAAGUACUACCGCGACAAAGAUGGCGUCAUUUUCAUCUACAGGGUGCUUGCAUAGACUCUAAAAAUGGAACGUGUAUUGGGGUUACUGCAAAUUUUCUUCCAGCAGUGACAGUUUUUUAAAGGCAAGGUACAUACUUCCAAAUUUUCGAUGUCUUACAGCACAUCUGAGAGUGACUUAGUCU